GUGGACAUCAGCGCGGUGGUGGCCUACACCAUGGCGGCCAAGGAGGACGGCGAGCUCAACCUGAUGCGCAAGGCGGCCGCCAUCACCUCCGAGGUCUUCACCAAGUUCUUCAAGGAGCGCGUCAUGGAGAUCGUCGACGCCGACGAGAAAGUCCGCCACAGCAAAUUGGCCGAGUCGGUGGAGAAAGCCAUCGAGGAGAAGAAAUAUUUGGCCGGCGCCGACCCCUCGGCGGUGGAGAUGUGUUACCCCCCCAUCAUCCAGAGCGGGGGCAACUACAACCUCAAAUUCAGCGUCGUCAGCGACAAGAACCACAUGCAUUUCGGCGCCAUCCCCUGCGCCAUGGGCAUCCGCUACAAGUCCUACUGCUCCAACCUGGUGAGGACCCUCAUGGUGGACCCCCCACAGGAGAUGCAGGAGCACUACGCCUUCCUCCUCCAGCUCCAGGAGGAGAUGCUGAAGGAGAUGCGGCCCGGGGCCAAGCUCUGCGACGUCUACGGCGCCGUCAUGGAGCUGGUGAAGAAGCAGAAGCCGGAGCUGCUGAGCAAGAUCACCAAGAAUUUGGGCUUCGCCAUGGGCAUCGAGUUCAGGGAGGGCUCCUUGGUCAUCAACAGCAAGAACCAGCACCGCCUCAAGAAGG